UUUUUGUGUUUUUCUAACCAACCUUAGCAAUUAAUCUACCUGGUCGCCGGUAUUUUCACUUCUCCGUCAUGUAUUCUCCCCUUCUUCGCAAGAAUUACCAACAUUUCAAGAGUUUAAUCAAAGGCAAUUCCUGUACAGUGAUAUUCCGCAAACUCAGCUCACAGGAACAGUCUCAAGUCUAUGAUCUCGUUGUUGUCGGAGGUGGUUCUGGUGGAUUGUCGUGUGCCAAAGCAGCUGCUGGCUUCGGGAAGAAGGUUGCUGUACUUGACUUUGUGAGACCUUCAGCUCAAGGUACCAAAUGGGGACUAGGAGGAACUUGUGUUAAUGUUGGUUGUAUCCCUAAAAAGCUGAUGCACCAGGCUGCCUUGUUGGGACAGUCGAUCAAAGAUGCUCGCAGAUUCGGAUGGAAUAUUCCAGAAGUGAACUUCUCUUGGGAAGAAAUGGCCGUUGGAGUCCAGGGUUAUGUCCGCUCAUUAAACUGGAACCACAGAGUACAGCUGAAAGACAAAAAUGUGGAUUAUUUCAAUGCCAAAGGUUCGUUUGUAGAUGACAACACCCUGGAAGCUGUUGAUGCGAAGGGUCAGAAACAAAUACUCAAAUCGAACAAGUUUGUCAUUGCAGUCGGAGGACGGCCCCACUUCCCUGAUGUACCUGGUGUUGUUGAGCAUGCUAUCUCAAGUGAUGAUGUGUUUUGGCUGAAAAAUUCUCCUGGGAAGACGUUGGUAGUUGGAGCUAGCUAUGUUGCCCUCGAGUGUGCUGGUUUCCUUACAGGUGUCGGACUCGAUACAACUGUGAUGAUUCGUUCAAUGCCUCUGCGAGCAUUUGACCAGGAAAUGGCUCAGCUGGUGUGUAACCACAUGGAGAAACAUGGCACCAAGUUCCUGCGCAAGUGUCACCCUCUACAGAUAGACCGACCAAAUGGUCCCAGCGGUCCAUUGACGGUGAAAUAUCGGAACCACCAGGGCAAAGAAUUCUCUGAUACCUACGAUACAGUUCUCAUGGCUACAGGGCGUCGGCCAGAAACCCAAACUCUUCAACUGCAAAAUACUUCUGUCCAAGUGGAUCAGUCAUCUGGUAAAAUACUUGGGGGUUUUGAUGGUGAUGGGGAGAAGACUUCUGCUGCUAACAUAUAUGCGAUUGGAGAUGUGUUACAGGAUCGACCUGAACUUACCCCUGUAGCAAUAAAAGCUGGCAAACUCUUAGCAAAUCGUCUUUUUGAUGGCUCCAAGCUACAGAUGGACUACGACAAGGUUGGGACAGCUGUGUUCACCCCCCUGGAAUAUGGUUGCGUUGGCAUUUCAGAAGAAGCUGCAAUUCAUCGCUUUGGAGAAGAUAACAUUGAGGUUUACCAUUCCUUCUAUAAGCCUCUAGAGUACACCAUCCCAGAGAGAGAUGCUUCACAAUGUUUUAUCAAGGUAAUCUGUAUGCGUGAAGGAGCAGGUAAACUGGUCGGAAUCCACUAUUUAGGACCAAAUGCCGGAGAAGUGAUCCAAGGUUUUGUCACAGCUUUCAGGGCUGGUGCCUCAAUGACUACCGUGAUGAGAACUGUUGGAAUCCACCCAACCUGUGCUGAGGAGUUGGUCAAGAUAAACAUCACCAAGAGAUCUGGCCUCAGUCCUUUGGUCACUGCUUGCUGAGGUUAAUUUGCUCCAAUUGGUCAUCCCCUCGCCCCAGGCAACUCAUUAAUUGUUACCCCCACUUCUUCUUAUACUUCUGAUAUCUGUCAUUUACCUCAAUUGUUUAGCAAUGACACACCUGUCCUUGUUGAUAACUCAACAGCAUGGUGCCUAGUUCUAUUUCUGACACAACAGUAUGGGACCUGUCCCUGUUGCUAAUGACAACAACAGUGCUGUUUCCAUACCCAGAACUCAGUUGUAUUUCUCCACACCCCCAUCGUCUCUACUACAUAUGACAAACUUUCGAAAUAUAUUUGGACUGGCAGAAAUGGUUGAGGGCACCAGAUUAAAAAAAAGAAACAAGCACACAGUUUGUUCUGAGUUCAUAUCUUGCCUAAGUUGACAUCCCCUCCAGCAGCAUUAAGGCGGUACCAGUCAUAUGCUGGGAUUCAGUUCAAUCAACCAUACGGCCUCUCUAUUUGAAAACCUGUUAGACCAUCAACAUGGUUAGAUGACGGUUGUUGACAAAUAUUGUCAUUGUGUCAUCACUGAACAUUCUUGUUGUCCUUAGGAUUUGCCUUAAAAGCAAAUCAACCAGAUGACUUCUCUCUCUCUCUCUCUCUCUCUCUCUGUGCCUUGUAAGAACUUCCAAGGAGCCAUCAUCAUCACCAUCAUCAUCAUAAAUUAAUGAGGCCUGGAGCUGGGAGUAUGACCAUUGGAGCGUGGAUUAACUUGGACUUUUGUCCGUUUUUUUUUUCUUAGGGCGGGGUGGGGUUAACGGUCAGUGGAGUGAAGAAGAUUGUUACAUCUCAUUGCCUCUAUGUGUGUAAGCAUGUGUGUGUGUAUAUAUAUAUAUAUACACACACAUACAUGUGUUUGGGUUAUGUAGUGUUUAUAUGUGUGUGUGUAUGUAUGUCUAACUAUGCAAACCAUGCCCACACGGAUAUUGAACGAUGAUGAUAAUAUAUAUAUACAAGAAUAUGUAUAUUUAUGUACUUAUAGGUGUGUAACUUUGUGUUAGCAUUGUAGUAUGUUUUCUAACUGUUUCAUCCAGUUGGCUCUGGCCAUGCUGGAACAAUUUCAUCAAACUA